AUGUCACCGAUAGCUUCUCCUAAUCACGUCGGCGGCAGUACGCUUCUACUGCUGCUACUGGUCUUUAUCGGUCCCGCCAUCGCGGCAUGUGCUUCACCGCUCCCCGUCUACGAGAAUGCGAUACAGCCACCAAAGGAUAGACGGACAUGGAACGAGGCGUACGCAAGAGCCAAAGUCCUCGUGGAUCAGAUGACGCUGGAGGAGAAGAUCAACAUCACCCGAGGUUUUGAGACUGACACCACAUGUGCCGGCAUGACGGGCACGGUGCCUCGUCUACAAUGGCCGGGAAUGUGCCUGCACGAUGCUGGAAACGGCGUCAGGGCCACCGAUCUCGUCAGCUCCUUCCCCUCAGGCCUCCAUGUCGGCGCGUCCUGGGAUAAGGACCUGGCGUACCAGAGGGCGUGGUACAUGGGCAGGGAGUUCAAGGCCAAGGGAGUCAAUGUCAUCCUGGGCCCCAAUGCCGGUCCCCUCGGCCGCAGUCCCCUGGGCGGCCGCAACUGGGAGGGCUUCAGCGUCGACCCCUACCUGUCUGGCAAGUUGAAUGCUCAGUCGGUCCGUGGCCACCAGGAUGCCGGUGUCAUCGCGACCAUCAAGCACUUCAUCGGUAACGAGCAAGAGACGUAUCGUCGCCCGUACUUUGGGGUCGAGGCCGUCUCCUCCAACAUCGACGACAGGACGCUCCACGAGUAUUAUCUGUGGCCCUUCGUCGAGAGCCUUCGCGUCGGCGUCGCUUCCGUAAUGUGUUCGUACCAGCGCGUCAACGGCACGUAUGCCUGCGACGAUGACCACACGCUCAACGGCAUUCUCAAGGGCGAGCUUGGCUUCCAAGGAUUCGUCAUGCUUGAUUGGAAUGCUAUCCACCAAACCUCGAGUGCGAAUGCUGGUCUGGACAUGGUCAUGCCCCUCGGUGGGAGCUUUGGCCAGAACCUGACAGACUACGUCAGCAACGGCACCAUCACCGAGGAACGUGUGACGGAUAUGGCGAAGAGAAUCCUGGCGGCCUGGUACCUAGUCGGUCAGGACAGGAACAACUUCCCCACGCCUGGAAUCGGCAUGGCGAACCUGACCCUCCCACACGACAAGAUCGACGCUCGUGAUCCCAAGUCCAGGCACAGCACCCUUCAGGGGGCGAUUGCGGGCCACGUGCUGGUCAAGAAUGUCAACAGCACCCUCCCAUUCAAGACGGCCCCCGUCAUGAUUUCCGUGUAUGGGUACGACGCGGUGCCGCCGCCAACCAAGAACAUAGACAAGCUCUUCGAACUAGGCUACACGUCCUCGCAGGAGAUGGGUCCGGCUGAGCUGGGAACAGAACAGCAUUUUGACCAAGCAGCCAGGGGAGGAACAAUCAUCACUGGCGGGAGAGCGGGAGCCAAUGGACCUCCCUAUAUCCUCGAUCCCCUGAGCGCAAUCCAGUACAAGGCUUCCGAGACGGGAGCCUGGGUCAACUGGGACGUCGAAUCGGGCGACCCAGACGUCAACGGCGCGUCGGAUGUCUGCCUCGUAUUCAUCAAUGCCAUCGCUACCGAAGGCUGGGACCGGGACGGUCUGCACGACGAUUUCAGCGACGGACUGAUCUUGAACGUGGCCUCCAAGUGCGCCAACACGGUCGUUGUCAUCCACGCUGCCGGCGCUCGCCUCGUCGACCAGUGGAUAGAGCACCCAAACGUCACGGCCACCAUCAUCGCCCACCUUCCAGGGCAGGACUCGGGCCCGGCCCUGGUCAAGCUCCUGUACGGCGAGGCCGAGUUCUCCGGCCGACUCCCCUACACCGUAGCCCGCAACGAGAGCGACUAUGGGCAGGUCCUCGAACCGUGCGGUAGGGGGCCGCCCAAUGCGAGCGACCCGCAGUGCGACUUUGACGAGGGGUCCUAUAUCGAUUAUCGUGCCUUUGACGCCAAGGGUAUUCAGCCCCGUUUCGAGUUUGGCUUCGGCCUCAGCUACACAACGUUUGGGUACUCUGGCCUCGGCUUGUCGUUGAAGAAACUCUCGGCUGGGUCUCUCGACGACGAAGAGGCCAAGUGGGCUGCUGGCGCCGUCGUUUCAGCCACAGUAACCAACAAGGGGCCCCGUUCGGGGUAUGAAGUCGUCCAGCUGUACGUGUCGAUUCCCGACUCUCCGCCGCGACAGCUUCGUGGCUUCGAAAAGGUCUGGCUGAAGCCUGGCGCCAAGACGACAGUGCACUUGACCCUGAACAGACUCGAUCUUGCAGUCUGGGACGUUUCGGAGCAGAAGUGGACGGUACAGGAGGGUGAGUACGAGGUGUUUGUCGGAUCGAGUAGUAGGGAUCUGUCGCUGAGCAAGAAGUUCGACAUCGCGGGAAAGCAGAGGUAG